UUGUAGCAAUUGACCAGGGGGAGAAAAGCUCCAGCCUGACGCUCCCCCCGGCACAGGCUUGUCCCUCGGUCUGAUUUCUCCUCUCUCUGCGGCCACGGCCAGAGCUUUGCACCAAUUGAAAAAGACAGCGAGAGGGAGAGCGAGGCAUUCCCGGCGCAAGGGGGACAGGAGGGGGGGUGUUGGGGAUCAGGCGCCCCCCCACACGCCCCAGGAUUGCAGCUUGGAGCGAGAAGGGGGCGUAUGUGACCAAACCUGACCUCUGGGAAUAACCGGGCAGCUGUUUUUUUUUUUUUGUUUUUUUUUGAGGGGUGGGGGUGGGGGGGGAAUAGACAAAACAUUUGUCAAUUUCCAGUUGAUGUCCAUGAAUGCAAACACCAUGAUUUUCAUGAUCCUGGGGGCCUCUAUCGUUAUGGCAAUAGCUUGCUUGAUGGACAUGAAUGCGCUGUUGGACCGGUUUCACAAUUACAUCUUACCGCAUUUAAGAGGAGAAGAUCGAGUUUGCCACUGCAACUGUGGAAGGCAUCAUGUACAUUAUGUUAUUCCAUACGAUGGGGACCAGUCGGUGGUGGAUUCCUCGGAGAAUUACUUUGUGACUGACAAUGUCACCAAGCAGGAGAUUGAUCUGAUGUUGGGACUUUUGCUGGGCUUUUGUAUAAGCUGGUUUCUGGUGUGGAUGGAUGGAGUUCUCCAUUAUGCUGUGCGAGCCUGGAGAACCAGCCGACGGUACGACAAUUCUUGGUCUUGGAUUCCGAAAUUUUGUAACUUGAAGGAGUUCAGGAAACGUCAGCACAGGCAGUACGAGGAGGCCACGGGGAACAUGGUGCACAUCAAACAGAAGCUGUAUCAUAACGGACAUCCCAGCCCCCGACACCUCUGAGAAACGCCUUCCCCUCCAGAGACUGCAAAGCGAUUUUAGAACUGGGCUUUUAGGGGAACGCCUGUGAGUUCGGAAGACAGUGGAGGACGACAUUUUAUUUAUCUAGGCGGGGUGAUUCUGAGGCACACCGCGAAUGCACAACUAAGCCAGUUCUGGCUGCAAGGCAGCCAAGACAUUGCACUGUGUUCGUUUUAUUGUCGGACUUCUGUAUAUAUGUUUAAAAAAAGGGCGGAGGGGGGAAAGAUUUGCAUUGUACUUCCAAAUCACCCUCCCCACUGUUUGAAAUUCUCCUGCACUGUCAGUGCACCUCUCUUGGGAUCUGCUCUCCGAAGAGGUUAACGAUGCUCAGGCGAGAGCUAGAAGCCUUUCAACGUGGUUUGCUCCAUGAUGUUUCCUUUCUGAGGCUGACUCAUGCCGCCGCAGGUUUGGAGGGGGGCUCGUGCUGGUGCGUUUCCAAGGUGCAGUGUCCCUUUUCGUUAGUUAUUUUUUGCGGUCAAUGAAGUUCUAGAAAUACACAAAUGAUUUGUUCUUCCUCUUGGUCUACAGCAAAACCUGCCUUAAGCAAAGGCCCCCUAGGAAGCUGCAAAACCAACCAAUGGGAUUGUAGCAUUUUAAGAGGGCUGCUCCUGCUCCAUCUCACACCAGCUUUAUGUUGGUGUCACUCCAUUGACUUCACUCCGUAUUUACACCACCAUGAGAGGAGAACUGGAGCCAGGGACUUCGGUGGGGUUGCUCCGGGGGCGAGAGAGGAGAAUAAAACUCACUGAGAUAAGUGGAGUUGCUUACACUGGUGUACGGCAGCUGUAAGGGGAAAAAUCAGGCCCACCAUUUGCUAUAUAAAUGUUAAGUCAUUCACCACCCCCCUGGGAGGAAGUGAAGUAUCACCCCCAUGUUACAGACGGGGAAACUGAGGCACAGAGAAGGGCGGUGCCCGUGAGUCGGUGGGAGUAGGCCCUGGAGACUCCCCGCCCCAAGCUCUCGAGCAGUUGCCUCGCUCUUUGCAUUAGUUCUCUGAGGGGCUGUUAGUGGAGGUGAAUAGAUUUGAAGCUAAACCCCAGCUCCAAGCCCCCCACUGCCGGAUGGGUUCAACCAGAGCCUCGGGUCACAGCCUGCACCAGGAGGUGGGGAACUUAGCAUCUGAUCGGACUCAGGCCUAGCUUUAGGCGUAAGUGCAGGUUUCAGCGUAGCGAUUGAGGGUUGUAAAAACGCAUUCACGUCCAGAGAAUGCCCUUAACAUGCUGGCAGAGCUAAGGUUACGUGACAGUAGCCCCUGUGCAUCAAUACAUUUCCUGCAGGGGACACAGGGAGCACUGUAGCAAACUCAGUCAGUUGGGCACGGAUGGCUCCACUGAUUUUUCAAUGGGACUAUUCGCAGAACAAGCUUCUAACUCAGUGUGAGUAAGGGGCGAGGGGCCGGCACCAAGAACUGAAGGGUGAGUCCUCGUUUCUACUGAGGUCCUAUUGUAUUACUUAGUGGGCUUGAGUUUAAAGGGCAGGGGGAAAACAUGUAGGAAAAGUGCAUGUCCUUCUAUGAAUUCUUGGAUUCUGUAUGAACCUGCGUAGGUUUCGAUUGCAAUGUCUGGGUGUGGGAGGGGAACCCAACACCCCUUCCCCCCCACUCCCCCCAAAAAAACAACCCUUUGUAUUAUUUUUAAUUGGCUUCCUCUGUCUGGGACCAGUUUAAUUUAGAAAACAAAACGCAGACCCAUGUUCUCUAUAGCUUAGAUAGUUCAUAGCACAUCUGGCCUUUUAGUCACACCUGGUUGGAAAAUACGUGGCCAGCUGAUCCACCUCGGUGCUUUGUUUCGCUGCUUGCGCGUUUGUCAUUCAAGGCUGUAGGCACUUGGAAAGGGGUGGUUGGGAGCAGCUCCUUUCCAAGGCAAAGGGCAGUACAGCCGGGCUGGGUGAAACGAGCCUUGUGAAUUGGGCCUUAUGGGCUAAAUCCUCCGCUGCUGUAAACUGGCAUUGACUUCAAUGAGCUCUACGGCUUGACUGCAGCUCAGGCACUGGCCCCUUGCCGUCAGUGGAGACUGGCUACCAAGCUGUCUUGGAUGGUUUAGACACAACAAAUCCUGCAUCUGGACAGAGGGUUAGACCAGCUGACCCUGGCGGGACUUUCUAACCCUGUGAUUCCAUGAUACCAAUUUACACAACCCGAGGAUCUGCCUUUCAUUUUUGGUAAGAUAGAGAACAGCCCCGUGGAAGGAAAUGAGCUUUAACUCCGCCUUCGACAUGGUGCCCGCCACCGUAGCGAGCGGAAAAACGGUGAUCCCAGGCCAGGCUGCAUUAGAACGGUAGCGCUGCUCUGCACAUUGAUUUGCGUUGCUGUUUACUCGAGACGCAACUUCCAGUGCCCAGGGAUGGCUCAUGCUGCUCCAGCCAGGGGAGAGUUUCAGGACAGGCCCUGCCUCUCGCGCAGAGGAAGCGAAAUCCUCCACCACGCACGGGCCCAUUUUCCUUCUGGCCUCUCUUCCAUACACAGACUAGUUUAGUUCCCCCCUCCGUGAGCAAUGGCAGGCUGGGGGAGUGAGGCCCAAACCUGGCUAAGCCCCACGCUGUGGAAAAGAGCACAUCCUCAUAGCACAGGGUCUGACCGCCCCCAGGCCACUGCAGGCAGUGGAAAUACGCAGUGAAUUUAAUGCACUUUGCUACAAAGCAUAUUCAGCCAAAAGCAGCCGGACCAUAGGCACCUCUAUGCAAAAAGGCCGGUGCACCCCUUAUGCCCGGAGGCUGCUGGGUGCAGUCUCAGCACAGUGAAUUCAUCCCCUCCAGGGCCAUUCUUAUGUAUGUUACACCCGCAUGACUUUGUUGGCCUGAUUCUCUUCUCCCGGUGGUUUCAGAGGGGUGGGCAGUUCCAUGAACGUCACUAGAGCUACUCCAGAUUUACCCCAGUGUAUCAGAGGUUGGAAUAGGGCCCCCUCCCAGGAGGGGAAACCGUGUGCAAUAGCUGGGCAAUUGGUGAAUACUGCGCCCUAGGAAUCGAAUGGUGACAUUCACGCCUACAGAGCGGCAGCACCCAGCCUAGCCUCCGAGUUUACAGGCACUCAUGGCUGUGCCGGACUUUUUCCGCCUAGGAAGCGCUCACAAGCAGUUACAGAGAAGCAUUAGGUAAAAGAGUGCUGGUUCUUUGGUGGGUUUUUUGUUUUUAAGAGCCCCCCCGUAUCACCCCCAUGAGCGUUAACGGGGUGUGAAUUCCAAAGCGUUUUGAUGGCGCAGGCUCGAGGCCCACCCCAUCACCAGCGCUGGGCUCCCCUGGCCUUGGCUGCCGACGGCUGUGUGCGGGCAAGCGUUCCGUUGUCCAGUUGAGCCCGUUACUGUUGCUUGCAGCUCAGCCGUUUGUGACGUCUCCUGUCCCGGCGUCCCCUUCCCCCUGCACGUGUCUGUUUUGCUUCUGCUGGAUGUUUGUGUGGGGCGUUUGCCCCCUGUUUAAUUGUCUGACGUGUAAUAAUAGUGGCUUGUUCAUUGUGCUCGUGCCUCUGAUCCAGUCUAAAAACCACAAGGGUUCAGACAGCGAGAAGUGGGGGGGGCCUAGGUAGUAAGGACUAGCUGCAAAGCAGGGCUGAGGGUGGGUGAAGAGCAGCUGGGCCCUUGGGAACAGGGGAGGCCUGGGCACCAAGCUUAGUGUAGCCUGUGAUGGCAGCGACAGAGGGACGGGGGGUCUGUCCUGAAACUCAAUGCUCAGGAAGCAGCUGCUUUGGAGAAGGUUUCAGCAGAAGGGGAAUUUUCUGCAGCCUCAGGAGGGGCUAUUUUUAGAGCAGACAGAGCUUAAAACUGUCUCUCUGCAUUUGAUCUCAAGCGCAGGGACUGGAACUAACGGUUUCCCCUGUAAUUUCAGACCAAGAGGCCCUGGGAUUCUGCCACUUUCAAUAAAGAACAGAGGCCUGCUGCUGUAAGGGCUGUGUAGCAAAGGAGACAGGCCUGCUGACGUCCCCCCAAGCCUGCCAGCAGCCCCUCUUUAAAGUCAAGCCUCCUGUGCCCAGCUCUACGGACCAAUCCCCAGCUCCUCAAUGAACUCCCCGCAGAUCACGGUAGUUCAACUCAAUCCUGCCCAGCCCUAGUUCUGGGCUUUGCUUUUCUUCUUUCUUUAGGCUUAAGAGGAGACCCAAAGGCAGGUCUUUGUUCCUGACAAGCCAAUCGGCUCCUUUUGUUUAGUUCCCCCUCCGCCCGCAUCAUCACCCUCCCUCCCGUCAGGUUUGGUGUCUGCAGAGCGUGGAGGCUUACAGGUUAGGAAGAAGUGGCAGGCAAUGGGUUUAAUGGUAUGGAGGUCAAUGGAGCUGCACCAGAGCAAUGGGGUGGCUCACUGGUUAGAGCACUCAGGAGAGCGGGGUUUUAUUUUCAGCUCUGUCGCAGUCCUGCUGGGUGACCUCGGGCAAAUCACGUCCCCACCCCAUGCCUCAGUUUCCCCUCCUGUGAAAUGGGGGUGAUGAUACUGACCUUUAUAAAGUGCUUUGAGCUCUACUGUGGCACAGCACUAGGGGAAUUAGAUAUAAUAUUAGGGAGGGUUUUCACACCUUAGUUCUAUG